AUGGCUCGAGUCCAACAUGGUGCAGUUGCAUACUCAGAUCAUCUGCUUAUUAUUCUAAGGACUCAUGAGGUACAGUUCCAAAGGAGGAGUAAGAGACCUUAUAGGUUUGAGGCUAUAAGAGUGGACUCACCUGAUUACAAGAAUGUUACAGAAAAUGCAUGGUAUGAGGGAAAAGGUGCUGUUGGCUGCAAUGCAGUGAUAAGAAAGAUCCAAUGUUGUGGUGAAAAGCGUACUAUCUGGAACAAGUCAAAGUUUGGGCAUGUGAGGCAAGGAAUAGAGAAAGCAAGAUCAAAAUUGAAGUGGUUGCAGGCUAGUGAUCCGUGUUUUCAAAAGAGGGAUGAACAUGGGAAGGCAAGAGUAGAAAUGCAAGUUUGGAUGGAGAGGGAGGAGAUCAUGUGGAGACAGAGAUCUAAAUCCUUAUGGCUAAAAGAGGGGGAUGCAAAUACCAAGUUUUUCCACAAUAAGGCUUCUCAGAGAAGGAAGAAAAAUUGGAUAAAGAGGGACUAA